GGGACAGUUCUGCAUGCCUCUAUUAUCAGUUUACUGUUUGCGAGUCCCCUUCUGUGCGCUGCCUAUUUCUGGUGAGCGGAGAUAAAAGUGGAAUCUGACAGACUGGUACUGUGAGCUUCCACAAAACACCAGAGAUCAACGUGUCCAAACCCUUAGCGGAAAAAAAUACAUGUACGUUUAUGCUGCCAUUCUCACUCUGGACCAACAUCUUUACAGCACAACCUUGCUUUCAUGUCUCUCAAGGGCUCUAUGAAAUGCCCCUUGCCUCCAUCAAACCCAACAACCCUGGAGGCCAAGGUGGAUGACCUGCGGCUGAAGGUGGAGCAGCUCCUCCUGUGCUCAUCCAGAAGUUGCUCCAUGUGUGGGACGUGUGCACAGCACCGUGCCCUGCAGGAGACUCUGACCAGUCAGCUGUCCACCCAGACCAGACUCCUAGACUCUCUAGAGAGGAAAGUGACCGAGAUGAGAACAGCCCUGGAGGAUCUGACACACGGUCUGGAGGACCGACAGUGCGAGAGAGUGUCUGUGCCUUUAGUGGCUCUUCAGAGGCGGAAAUCACUGCCUGUUCGAAGCUCUGCGGAGGAAGUCUACAUUUGUUUGGACAGAGACCGUAAAACGAUGCCCCAUGCUUUUAAUAAGCCCUCAGAGAAAGGUAUUUUGCUAGAGGUCAAUGAGAACAAUGGAACAAGAAGAGAGGACCAUCAAGCCAAGAAAGAUCCAGCAGAGCUUAAAUUUGAACCUGCAUUGCCAAUUAAGAGGGAAAACGGCACAUCCAGCAUAACACCAAGAUUAGAGCAAACACAGAAAAUGAAUAAGAUUGAAAAAAAGAGCAUGCCGCCGAUCCAGAAUCAUGUCCCAAUACCGACCAGAACUCCAGUCAUCGCUUCCCAAAAAACAGAAGCCCAAGAAAUCAGGAAAGUGCCGCCACCAAAUAUUAAAGUUCCUUUGGCAGCAGAUGUGAUUAUUCCCAACACAACUGGACAGACUCGCACUGAAUCUGUGAAUGUAACCCCAGCAAAUCAUAUUGUACCCAAGACAACCAUCACUCCUGCAGCGCCACCGUUGGUACCCAACAAUCCUCCCAAACUCACUAUAUCGGAUGUCCCCAAAGACUUGAAACCAUCCCAUAAAUAUCCACAAACAAGUCUGCCACUAUCAGUAGCUGCACAGAGUUCUGACAAAACACUAGUAAAUGUGUCUACAACAAAACUGACAACGCCACAAGAUACAGCAUUGUUUCCUCCAACCCACAAACCACCAAAAACAAUGGGUUUAAGUGUUACCACGGCAACAAAAGAAGCUUCCUCCCUCAGACAAGUGCACAGCUGCCCCAAUUCUUUACAGAGAUUACAGGUCCCUGGAUUAAAGGCAGAUUCGGUCCACUCUGUAACAUCAACACUGACUAAAAGAGCGACAGAAACCGCUGGAGCUGCAAAGCACACAUCUGGUGGAAUACAGAUUAAAAUAAGUCCAGCUACAGACAAGAAUUCAGCACAGACAAAGAGCAACAACCCUCCUAAACUCUGUUUUAAAGUUAUAGAUGAUGUUUCGCCUCAGCCUGCUCCUUUUGCACACCGGUUUGUGGCGCUGAAGUCUAGCCCUCCGCCCUGUGACACCUUCAGUAUCCACACCAGAGAAGUGCUGGGAGGUGGACGCUUUGGCAAGGUGCAUAAAUGUACAGAGACUAGGACGGGGAUGAGGCUCGCUGCCAAAAUCAUCAACACAAGAAAUUCCAAAGAAAGAGACAUGGCACUGAAUGAGAUGCAGGUCAUGAACCAGCUGAGCCACCCCAACAUCCUCCAACUUUAUGAGGCCUUCGAGGUCAAGAAUCAAGUCGUGCUCAUCCUGGAGUAUGUGGAGGGAGGCGAGCUGUUCGAGAGGAUCGUGGAUGAAAGCAGUCCACUGACGGAGGUGGAUGCGAUGGUGUUUGUGAAGCAGAUCUGUGAGGGCAUUCAGUACAUGCACCAGAUGUACGUGCUUCAUCUGGACCUCAAGCCAGAGAACAUCCUCCUUGUUAAUCGCUCGAGCCAUCAGGUGAAAAUUAUCGACUUUGGACUAGCCAGGAGAUAUAAACCACGAGAGAAGCUCAAAGUUUCAUUUGGAACGCCUGAGUUUUUAGCUCCGGAGGUCGUGAACUUUGACUUUGUCUCCUUCCCUACAGAUAUGUGGACUUUGGGAGUUGUCACUUACAUGCUUUUAAGUGGCCUCUCUCCUUUUUUGGGUGAUGACGAUGGCCAGACCCUCAAUAAUGUGCUCAUGGGGAACUGGUACUUCGACGAGGACGCUUUUGAGCACGUGUCUGCUGACGCUCGGGACUUUGUUUCCAACCUACUGAUCAGAGAAAGAAGUGGUCGUAUGAGUGCCACACAGUGUCUCAAACACCCAUGGCUCAAUAACAUCUUUGAGAAAGCCAAAAGCAGUAACAUCGUGCUCAAGUCACAGGUUCUCCUCAAGAAAUACAUGGCCAGACGAAUGUGGAAGAAAAACUACAUAGCCAUCGCUGCAGCCAAUAGGUUCAAGAAGAUUGGAAGUUCAGGUUCCUUGACCUCACUCGGAAUCUGAGUAUGUUCAAACUUUUAAAACACACAGGUCAUGUCUUUGUUUUGCUGUGCUGCAUUUCAAACCACCUUUUCAUAUCUGAAGUUUGACUAGCUGCUGAUUGUAAUAAGUUGCAUUGGUAAAACUCAAAAAUCUAUAAUGUGCAAUAAACAUUUAUUUAUACAAUA